AUGUAUCCACGUGUCAUAAUCUCCGGCACCGGCGUACAAGUUCCAACCGUGGCUCCCUCGCAUCAACAGAGCAACCUCACGCGUAGGAAAUCCGCCCCGGCGUCCGCCUUGUCCGCCGCAUCGGGUCCGACCCGAUUUGUGUACAGAGAGUCCGUCGGCCGCACAUCCGAUUCGGAUCUGAAACUGCCGUUUUGGCAGAGCACUUGGUUCAUAGUCCUGUUGCUGGUGAUGGCUGUCUCGUUUUUCGGUCUCGCGAUUUUCCUGCUGCUCACGCUGGACUCAGAUUAUGCGUCGACUCCGGUUUCAGCGGCGUCCGAAGGAGUUCAGAUAACAUAUGGUUCUGUUAUCAAGCUGAUGCACGAGAAAACAAAAGUUCGUCUCCACUCGCAUGAUGUACCUUAUGGCUCUGGCAGUGGCCAGCAGUCUGUGACUGGAUUUCCUAAUGUUGAUGAUUCUAAUAGCUACUGGGUUGUAAAGCCUACAGCAGAUUCAUCUGCAAAGCAAGGCGAUGCAAUCAAAACUGGAGAGCUUGUUCGGCUGCAACAUAUGAGGACUAGGAAAUGGCUGCACAGCCACCUGCAUGCAUCUCCUAUAUCUGGCAAUUUGGAGGUUAGUUGCUUUGGGAGUGAUGUGGACUCUGACACUGGGGAUUACUGGAGGCUCGAAAUUGAAGGAAGUGGAAAGACUUGGAGGCAAGAUCAAAGGAUCCGGCUUCGCCAUGUGGACACUGGCGGGUACCUGCACAGUCAUGACAAGAAGUACACUCGUAUUGCCGGGGGCCAGCAAGAGGUUUGUGGUGUACGUGAAAAACGAGCUGAUAAUGUCUGGUUGGCAGCUGAGGGCGUGUAUCUUCCUGUUACUGAUGGCAAAUGA